AUGGGCCUCUUCUCCCGCAAGCGAGCCGACUCCGAUGCAUCUUCUCCUACAGUCGUACCCGAACUCUCUAAGGAGCAAGUGAAAAGAGCAACGCGCACGCGCAAAACCUGGGCCCUCAUAACAUCAUUCUUCCUCAUCCUCUCCGUCAUUUUCCUCAUUCUCGUAAACAUUGGCGGCACCUACAACAAAGCCGUUAUCAGAAAUUGGUACUUUAUCAAACUCGAUCUUUCCGAUAUUGUUCCUGCCAGUGUACCAAAUUCCGGUCUCAUCAACACGAUUGCGCAAACCCUGGGUCUUCAUGACUUCUACCAGGUUGGGCUGUGGGGAUACUGCUCGGGAUACGACAACGAGGGCGUGGUGUUUUGCUCCAAGCCCAAGACACUUUGGUGGUUCAAUGUCGUCGAAAUUUUGACUAAUGAGUUGCUCGCUGGAGCUACCAUCCAACUCCCCGCCAACAUCAACGAUAUCAUGGACCUGAUCAAGUUUGCGUCGAACUGGAUGUUUGGCCUCUUCCUCACCGGCACCGUCCUCUCUUUCGUCCUCGCGUUCCUCAUGCCCUUGUCUGUCUACACCCGCUGGCUCGCGCUCCCCGUCGCCAUCCUCGCCUUUCUUAACGCCCUAAUCAUCACCGUCGCCUCCGUCGUCGCAACCGUUAUGUUCGUUAUCUUCCGCAACGUUAUUGGCGGUGUGGACGAAUUAAACAUCGGCGCAACGAUUGGCACCACCCUGUUCGCCUUCAUGUGGGUGGCGAGUGCGUUUGCCAUAUUUGCGUGGCUUGUGCAGAUGAGCUUGUGCUGCUGCUGCGCCAGCAGACGCGACGUCAAAUCGGGACGUAAGAGGGGCAGCGAGAAGGCAUACCAAAUGGAUGGCCCGAUUGCUACGGAUGGUCCUGUUAUGCGAGCUGGUGAACCCAAGGUGGUUACACCGCCGCGGUCCUAG